ACUCAUCGUCUUUUUUUUGAAAACGUCAAACCGUGUACACCAAUAUUGGCGCGCUUCAGUUACACACUUUUUUUAUGGUAAACAACCGGAAUAAACACGAAUCAGUUCAUAGAAUGCAACUGUUUUUCUCGGACAAUUUCAGUGGAUAGAAGAAAAUAGUGGAAAAUGUCACGAAGAUCGGACAAAAAUCAGAUGAGCGCGGAUAGUUUGGCGCAGCAAAUUAUUGAAUUGGGCCAAAACAAGGAAUUUGGUGAAUUGCAAAAACUCAUCGCAAAAUGUGAUAAGAAAUUGCUUGAGCGAACGAUUGUCAAGCGGAUUGAUCGUUCCGAUGCAACGAUUCUGUGGAAUUACAUGCUGAUUGGUUGCGAUUCGAUUUCCGAAACAAUGGCCAACGCACGUUUUGCCAUUCUGAUGGCGUUGCUCGACGAAAUGACCAAAGUUGAAAUCACAUCGAAACAAACAUUCGAUUUGAUUACACGCACAUUUAUUGAACUACCUAAAUUACGUGCCAGUGAGCUCAUGGAAUUAAGCGAACAUUGUAUCGCUUCAAUGCGAAUGGGCGAUCCAAAAUGUACCGGUUGGAAAGAACUAUUUCCGGAACUGAUGAAAUUGCUGAGCGAUAUGCCAAAGAUCAUUGUCCAAAAUGAAGUGAAAACCGGAAACGAAUACUGCGAAUCGCAAAUCAAAAAUUUGCUCACCACACGAUGGCCGGAAUCGGUUUUAAGUAGCAUUGGUGCUAUGUUUUUAGAAAUGCCAAUAUCAAAAAAUGACAAAGUUUUAGUAUUGAACAAGUUGUGCGAAAAUCUAUUGAAACUAGAACCACAAGAACUGCCAACGCUUGCAUUUCAACUGUUCACAUUAAGCACAACACCAGCUCAACUGAUGAUCCCGUUGAUCAGUUUGAAUCAAUACUUCCAAAAGUAUCUCUAUCAAAAGCAACUGGAUCAGACGACAAACAGUGAACAACUGAACUUCGACAGUAUUGAUCGUUUUGAUGACAACGAUUUGGUAGCUGCUCAGAAUACGAUUUUAUAUCACCUGAGCAACUGUUCCGAGUACAAGAUCAGUGAAAAGGAAAUGGUUCAACAGAUGCGCACUCUGGCAUCGAAUCCAAAGUAUGUGUUGACACCAUUCAUGCUGAGUGCACUGUUGACAAUAUGCAAUGUGAGCCGGUAUUUGGAAUCGGUGCGUUUGUCUGUAUCGAGUGCAUUGCCAUUCAUUCGGACCGCCAUUCAAAACAACGAGAAAGAAGUGGGACUGUGCAAUAGUUCAGCAUGGUUUCGUGACACCUUAGAAUAUUCAACGGUUAAUGUCAACAAGGUGUACUCGAUUUUGGUGGAACAAAGUAAAGAGGACAUAUUUACACCGGGUUUGGUUGGCUUGGCCUUUGUAUUGCUAAAAACGCCACAUUAUUCAAAUAUCAAUGUUCUGGGUAUUCAUUUUCUUGAAGAAAUGAUUAAGGUGCGACAUCAACUUGGCUAUGGCAUUCUUCGAAAUCUCAAAGAAUUCUUAUUUGCCGAUCAAGAUGCACCGCAAUACACAGAGUGCUUAACAAAACUGAGUAUAUCGAAUCCGAUGUUGAUUUCCGAGCAUACGGCGCAAAUCAAGGAAAUUAUUGACUUUUUCCUGCUGAUCCCUGGCCACCAUGCCAUGCGAAUGAUGACAUUCAUCGUUCCGCUAACGAAAUCAAACACUCUGAUUCGUGAUUACUUCAUUGAAAUGCUGCGUAAGGCAAUGUACCAGUCAACGAUAUCAACCCGCCAGAUGGCUGUUCAUGGUUUCUGUUUGAUGCUGAAACAAUUGCGAAGCAAUUCGGUGUGGCGAUCAUCGGCACGUGGUGGAUCGACUCAGUUGAGUAUUUCUGGGUUUUCGGUGAUGUCACAGCAGCUACAUGGCAGCGGAACCAAUCCGAACAACGCAUUCGAUAUGUGCGUGCUGGAGAUAAUCGGAAUUCUGCGCAAAUGUUUCAAUCAAACGUACGAAAUCAAGGAGAUCCUCUACGAAGGCUUGAGCAAUGCCGUUCAACAAAAUGCCAAAUUGAUUCCGCACAUUUUGCAAUUCCUUGAAUGGCACUUCCGAAGCUACUUCAGUGAAGUGGGCGACACGGUGGAAAUUAGUUUCGAACGGGCGGUCAUUGAGGUGAAUCAAGGCGACACCACAAGCAUUCAGAUUAACGAUCAUGUUGGCGAAUUACUUCAAUUCCUCACACAGUGCUUCAUAUUGCUCGACCGACAUAGCCUGGAUGUCGAAGUGACCGAACUCAAAGAAUUGUUCGACCAACUACUCAAGCAAAUUGACACAAUCACUUUGGAGGAUCUUGGUUUGAAGGACACAAUCACCCCAAUGGCCAGACACAUUGGACUUCAGUUCGUGAAUUGUCUGGAAGGUUUGAUGUAUUACUGCCUGAAAAUGCAUAACAUUGGCGUUGCUUCGGUAGCAACAAUCAAACGCUUGUUCCAACAUCAUAAAAAAUGCCUCGAUCAACUUCACGAAUCGGUUGCGGCAGCGAAGAAAACACAUCGAAAGAAAAACGAUGAUGGUGAUCUGUCGAGUCAAUUGAAAGUAACGGCUCAAGUGACUCCGUUGAAACCGGAAAAUGUUUGGGAUUUAAUCUCGGUGCACGGAUUUUUGGAGGCUAUUUGUCGCCAAACUGAAUCGCCCAAUUUGUUAUGGAACGAAACAGAAUUUUGUGUUUAUGUUUUGAACAUAGCUCGAGUGAAAGUGGAAGGUAUGCGAUCCGCACCGGACUACAAACAAAUCAAAUACAGCCGAUCAAAUUUCAAGUAUUUGUGCGAUAUAUCGGCAUUGAUGCUGAAAUAUUUCAUCAAAAAUUUGGCCAAUAUGCUGGAUGAUUCUGGUAUCGAAAUGGCACACGCUUCGGUCGACUGUUUCCGGGAGUGUCUCAACACAGCAAUUGCAUUGUACGAGCGAAAGUUUAUCGAUUUCCUGAAAGUUUUGCUUUUCGAAAAUGCGCAUUUGAACAACGUCAACACCAAUUUGAUAAAGAUAUUGCAAGGUGUGAUCAGUCUAACGGUGUCAUCGUUUGAGAACAACGACGUUGAGCCCGAACACCAGAUUAUCUUACAAACGCUGUUUCAAUGCUUAGAGAUGCUGUACAACCACAUCAGCUUGGCAGUCGAUGAAGCGGACGAGGUGCACAAUUGGUUGACCGCCUACUGCAACGAUCACGCCAUCGAGGAUGUCGAACUAAACACUCUCGUCCACAAACUGCUAUUUACUCAACGUAUUCGUUCGCAAAAAGGACCAAUAUUCGAAGGAAUCGCAAAACAAAUCGAAUUAUUGCUGACGCAAAUUCAAGUGGAGCCUCUUGACGAUGUCGAUGAACUAAAAUCGGUGAAUGAGCUGACGGCCGAAACAUGCUGUAUCCAAUUGUGCAAUGCGUUGCGAAAGCAAAUCGAAGACAUCGAAUACUUUAUACUGAAAGUAAAAAGCUAUUGUACCCAAAUGAAAACGGGCGGUCUAAAUGAGGAUAGUCGAAAAUUGUGUGAAAAUCGGAUGGUAACAACGGAACGUCGUAUAUGCGCACAGCUCAUAUUCAUAUCGCGGGUGUGCAUACAUUUGUCCAAUUCAAUGCAACCGGUAGGUCCAUGUACCGAUACAUGGACCAAAUUACUCGUAAAAUUGUACGUGUGCCUGGCCAAUUUGACGAAACAUUUCAUCGCUCGUCAAAAAGUGUCGCCAAUUACGUACAAAUCGACGAAAUUCGAUCAGCUGGUACAAACGCUGGGCAAAAAGUUACCGUUGAAGGUGUAUGCAAUGAUUUCAUUUAUUGAAGAUAACAUUUUUGAGAGUGAACAAGACGUGGGCAGUGAUGAUGAAGCGCCCAAAUCAAAAUCAAAGAAGCCAAAAAAUCAAAAGGCCAAAGUGAUGCGUGAUACAAAGCAUAUCCCGAAAUUGAUAUUGCGCAUUGAGAAUUUCAACAAAUUUGUGAUAUCGUUGAGCAAAAAAACGGAACAUGAUUUGAGCAAGUUGCUGCAUUUGGGGACGGUACGUGAUUUCCGUAUAAAAACGCAUGCAUUGCGUGAGGCCAUUGAAAAAAUCCGACAAAAUGAACCGGACGACGAUGAUGAUGAAAGUGAUGGAAGUGUAGAAGAUGAGAGUGUGGACAGUGAUUGCGAUGAUGAUGAAACGACCGAAGUGUCUACGGCUGCUUCUCUAACGGCAACUGGUUCAACGUCAAGUAUUGCUGGAUCAACGGGAUCAAGUAUCAAUAAUUCGAUAAUCAAAGAAGUGCAACAUGACACCAGCCUACGAACGAGUGUUAUGAAAAAUAUGAACGCCAUAAAUAAACGAGCGACCAAACGGAAGAAAGUGGAUGCUGAUGCAGUUGACGAGACGUCGGAAAAUGAUAACAAUCAACGUCGGAAAAAGCGCAAAGAAAAUGAACCAAUCGAGGCAGCAGCUGCAGCAGCAACAACCAGUACACGACGCUCCAGUCGACGCAAACUAUCGAAAUAGAAGAGAAAACCAGGGUGUACUUUAUAUCGAUUUUGAUACAUUUCAAGGACACCAAUCAGCAAUUAAUUAUUAAUGUUACACCCAUGAAAAAAUGUUAAUUAACAAGAAAAAAAAGAUAAUAUAAAAUGCACACACUCUCUUCUUCUCUAAUUUUCAACCUAAAAUAAUUCCCAAUUACAUUUUGUAAGUGGCCUUACAGGCUGUUAAAUGUAUAAACCAAUAAAGAGUAAAACGAAA